AUGGCAUUUUCUGUGACAACACAAAUUUGGUCGUCCAUCGCCGAGUUGAGCCUUUCAAGCUUGAUUAUCGGCACCUUCGUUGUACUCAUUGGCAGCACCGUGGCACCUGCUGUGUACGAUGCAUACUUCGGACCGCUUUCGAAGUUCGCAGGCCCAAAGCUGCGUGCCAUGUCCUCCAUUCCUCAGGCUGUAUCUAUCUUUCGCGGCCGGGAACAUGAGGACUAUGUGACUUUGCACAAGAAGUACGGAAAGGUCGUUCGAGUAGCGCCCAACGAGCUAUCAUUUGUUGGUGGCGCAACAGUUUGGAAAGACGUGCUUGGUUUUAAAAAGUCGGGAACGUCAAACUUUCCGAAAUGCCCUAGAUUCUAUGGCGGACAGCUUCUCGAGCGACCAAACUCGUUUCUGGCUAAUGCCGAUGAUGCAGAACAUUCCAAGCUUCGCAGAGUAGUUUCUCAUGCGUUUGCUGACAGGAGCCUCCAUGAUGUGGAGCAUCGACUGCUCCAUUGGGCUAGGAACUUCAAGCGACGGCUCGAUGGGAUGCAGGCAGGUCAUGAUUCCAUCGACAUGGUGAAGUUGUACAACUGCGGCACAUUUGACGUCAUGGGUGAUCUCGCGUUCAACGAGGACCUUGGGAUGCUCGCGGACGGAAACGAAUCAGAAUGGGUCACGAAUAUCUUCAAGGGAAUCAAACAGUCCUCGUAUGUACGUGGCGUCAAAGACUUGCAUGACUCUUUGUGGUAUUUCAUCGAUAAUGUCGUGAUGAAGAUGCCCGAGGCCCGACGUGAGGUCGGAAAGACCCUCGAGUUCACCAAUGAGCGUCUUGAAAAGCGCCUGAACAACCCGCCAGCCCGUCCGGACCUCUGGAGUCAAAUCAUCGCAAAGGGCAUCGGCGAGCAGGCUCUGGACCGGGCAGAGCACCAGGGUUUAGCAUUCUUCUUCAUGGUCGCUGGCACCGAGACAACUGCGUCUGCUCUCAGUGCAAUUACCUUUUUCUUACUCUGCAACCCCAACUACACGAAACAACUCCAAGAAGAGCUGCGAUCCACGUUCUCGACCUUUGAAGAUUUGUCCUUCAGCAAACUCGGCCGACUGAAGUAUCUCAACGCCGUCAUCCAAGAGGGUCUUCGGAUGUAUCCACCCGUUCCUAUCGCGUUGCCCCGACGCACCCCGGCGGAAGGCGCACAGGUCGAUGGCCAGUACAUCCCGGGCAACGUAGUCUGUAGUAUCCCGCACUACAGCACCUACCGCAGCCCCGAGCACUUCGCCGAACCGAACGAAUUUCGGCCGGAACGCUGGCUCGGCGACCCCAAAUAUACAGACGAUAAUCUCGAUGCUGUGGAGCCCUUCCACGUCGGACCGCGUAAUUGCGUCGGGAAAAAUCUGGCUUGGCACGAGAUGCGUCUGUUCCUGGCGACGGCGUACACGUUCUUCGAUCUGACGGUGACGGAGGAUUCGCGGGACUGGCUCGCUCAGAAUCAGGUUUUCACUGUCUGGCAGAAACCGCCGCUUUGGUGUCGUGUCAAUUCCGCGAGUGUGGUGUAA